AGAAUGCAGGGAUUAGUGAUUCUCUUGGUUUGCCUGACAGUGGGUUCUGCCUGUGCCGGCUCAGUUGGCGUUUCCAAUGCCGAUCCCUUCGAGCGUGAGGGUCGCAUUGUGGGCGGCCAGGAUACCACAAUCCGAGCUCAUCCCUACCAGGUUUCCCUGCAGACAAAGAAGGGUUCCCACUUCUGCGGUGGCAGUUUGAUCGACGCCGAAACUGUGGUAACGGCUGCCCAUUGUCUGGUGGGUCAAAAGGCGGCCAAAGUGUUCGUUCGUCUGGGUUCCACGUUAUACAACGAGGGUGGAAGAGUGGUAGCUGUCCGGGAUCUAGCCUACAAUGAGGAUUACAGCUCCAAGACCAUGGAGUACGACGUGGGCAUACUGAAGUUGGCCGAGAAAGUCGAGGAAACCGAGGACAUUCGUUAUGUGUCUCUGGCCGAGGAGACUCCGCCCACUGGAACCGCCGCUGUGGUCACCGGUUGGGGUUCCAAGUGCUACUUCUGGUGCAUGAGCCUGCCCAAGACGCUGCAGGAGGUGUAUGUCUAUAUUGUGGACUGGAAGACGUGCAAGUCGGACGAUUACAAAUACGGUGAAAUCAUCUACGACUCCAUGGUGUGUGCCUAUGAGAAGAAGAAGGACGCCUGCCAGGGUGACUCCGGUGGUCCUCUGGUGGUCGGUAAUACCCUGGUGGGCAUCGUGUCCUGGGGAUAUGCCUGCGCCGCGGAAUUACUACCCGGUGUCUACACCGAUGUGCCCUCUGUGCGAGAUUGGGUCCUGAAAACGAGCAAAGCUUUGUAGAUAUUUGUAAUAAAUUAUUUGACUGAGCAAGCACACUUUUAGGGAUUGCUCAGAAAUUUGAAAACAUGAGAAA